CUCUCUCCUCUCUCCUCUCUCUUGAUACUACUACUCUCUCUCUCUCAAUUCAAAUACUCUCUCUCUCGCAACAUUGAAGAUGUAACUCAAUUCAUAAUUUAACGGAGGGAGGAGGAGAAUGACCAGGGCACCAUACAUUAUCCAUGGCUAUGAAGUGAAUUUGAACAACUGAAUCAGUUGCCAUGGACGCUUUAGCAGCUCAUUCCUUGCUCCUAACCCGUUUCUUCAAACACCAAAACCCAUCAAUCCAUUCGCAUUUUAAACCGCAUAAAAACCCCAAAACGAGAGAUGAAAAAUCCGAGUCUCUGCAGCUUCAUCCGAGCUCCAAUGGAGGACGCUUCAAAACCAGACGUUCCACAUCCACAAAGCCAUCCCAAAUCCACUAUACCAGAGAUGAAAAACCAGAAUCUCUGCAACUUCCUCCAAGCUCCAAUGUCGAACACUUCAAAACGAUACCUUCCAGCCUCCCAAAACCGCCUAAAUUUCCCAUUACAAGAGAACGAAACCAUCAAUCUCAGCAACUCCACUCCAAUUCCAUUAACGAGCGAUAUAGAACUAGAUAUUUUACCCCCACAAAGCUAUCUAAAACCCCCAAAACCAGAGAAAAGCACCAACAAUCUCUGCAACCUAGACACUUUGUAACCAGACCUUCUAACCCCACAAAACCACCCAAAAUGAUACCUUCCACCCUACCGAAACCGCCCAAAUUCCCCACGACACGAGAACAAAUCCAUCUAUCUCAGCAACUCCACUCCAAUUCCAUUAAUAGGCAUUAUAGACCUAGACAGUUUACUCCCACAAAGCUAUCAAAAACCCCCAAAAUCAGAGAAAACCACCUACAUUCUCUGCAACCUAGACACUUUGAAACCAGACCUUCUACCCUCACAAAACCGCCCAAAUACCCCACAAAACCGCCCAAAAACACAAAACAGAAUCACAAUUCUUUGAAACUUCACACUACCUCCAUUGCUAAAAAACCAAAAACACUAAAACCUAUUGAACAAAAGAACCCACAUUCUCUGCAAUUCUACCCAGCUUCCAUUGCCAAAUUUCCAAAACCCCUAAACCCACGCUCUCUCCCGCUUCAUAGCAAGAACCCCACUACCAUCUACAAAGACAUCAAAACCCUAAGCAGGAAGCAAAAGCUGAAACAAGCCCUCACUGUCCUAGACUACGCUACAAAAUUUGGCAUCCCCAUCAACCCCACCGCCUUCUCCUCCCUCAUCACCGCCUGCACCAUGGCCAAAGACUUGCAAGCUGGUCGCCAUGCCCACGCCCAUCUCCGUGCAAGCGGCCUGGCCGACAAUGAGUUCCUCCGAGUGCGCCUUGUGCGUAUGUAUGCAGCCUGUGGCGCCCCUGAAGAUGCCCGCACCCUCCUCUCGUUGCUUCCGUUAAGCACGCCACAUGCUUGGAAUGCGCUUCUCCGAGGAGCGGUUGUGCGUGGAGGGCGGCGCAUGCAAGAUGCGCUUGCACUCCUCCCCCAAAUGCUCAAGGCGGGAGCCUCACCCGAUGAAUACACGCUCACAUCGCUGAUCAAAGUUUGUGCUGGUGCGCCGGCCCUGGGCCAAGGUGUAAGGCUCCACGCCCAUGCAGUGAAGUCGGGGUGGGCCGAGUGUCGGUUCGUGCUCACUGCUUUGAUGGACUUGUACUUUAAAUGUGGGAAUGUAAUGCUCGCAUGCAAAGUGUUUGAUGAAAUUGGUGACCGAGAUUUGGUUGCGUGGUGUGCUAUGGUUGCUGGGUUUGCGCACAAUGGAUUGAGGCGCGAAGCAUUGGGUGUGUUCCGUGCCAUGCAAUUUGAUGGUGCAGUUGUGCCCAAUUCGGCUGCGAUUACCAUGGUCCUUCCAAUUUGUGGUGACAUGGUCGCACUGAGGCUUGGGAAAGAGGUCCAUGGGUUUGCGAUCCGUCGAGUUGGGUAUGCUCAGCAAGAGUUUGUUAAAGCUGGUUUAAUUGAUAUGUACUGUAAGUGUGCUGAUAUGGGUUCGGCCAGGCGUGUAUUCUAUGGUCACAAGGAGCGUGGGCUUGUUAUGUGGACAGCACUUAUGUCGGGAUAUGCACGCACUGCUGCUCCAAUCCAGGCCCUCCGCGCUCUCUCGUGGAUGCAACAAGAGGGACUACGGCCUGAUUUGGUGGCCCUCAUGACUGCACUUCCUGUGUGCGCAAAACUCAACGCACUCCGGCCUGGCAAAGAGCUCCAUGCCUAUGCUCUUCGUCAGGGAUUUUUCCCCAAUGUAUCACUGACCACUGCCCUCAUGGUGUUGUAUUCUCAAUGUGGGACUCCACGCACUGCCCACCUGCUCUUUGAGAGUAUGGAGCGACGAAGUGUGGUUGUGUGGACCGUGAUGGCCGGGUCGUAUAUGGAUAACGGUCAACCUGAAGAGGCUCUUGCUGUAUUUCGAGCCAUGCAUCGCUCAAGCCACCGACCAGACUCAGUGGCCAUGGCUCGAGCCCUUGAGGUCUGUGGGGUGUCUGGCCAUGAAAUUCUCGGAAGGGAGGCUCAUGCCCAAGUGCUCAAGAAGGCUCUAGAGAGCGUACCCUUUGUUUCGAAAGCUCUUAUAAACAUGUAUGGGAAGUGCAACCAAGUUGGGUUGGCUAAGCUUGUUUUUGAGACAUUGAGCUCAAAAGGGCUUAUAACUUGGACUGCCAUUAUUGAGGCUCAUGGUGUAAAUGAGCGGUAUGGCGAAGCCAUGCAGCUCUUUGGAAGGAUGGAAUUCGAAGGGUUAAGGCCGAAUAAGUUUACAUUUGGGGUUGUCUUAUCGAUGUGUGAUCGAGCAGGAUUGGCUAGUGAGGCUCUGAGGUUCUUCGAGUCCAUGACGAAGAAGUAUGGUCUUGGUGCUUCAGCAGAGGAUUGUGAGCGAAUGGUGGGGCUUAUGAACAGGGUUGGGAGUAUAAAUGAAGCACAGAGGUUUGAGCGGUUAAGAUUAGCUUUGGGGUAGAGGUGGAGGCUUAGCUGCCUAGAGAUUAGCCCUCACAGCCAUGAGAGAGAGGUCCUUGCUUGAGAAUUUUUUCUUUGCUUGAGAAUUCAUUCUUACUGGUUUUCUGUUUUGUUGGUUACUCGAUUCAUAGAAGAUUUCGCAGUGAAGAGAGUUCCAUGAGAAACUGUUAUUCCAACUGGUGGUUUUGGUUUUUUGGUUGCUCAAAGCACAGAUGGCCAGACAGUGGUGAGAGUUCCUUGGCAAUUCUUUUGUUUCAAAUCGGUGGUUCUCUCUAUGUCAUUUGGGUGGUACUCUGUGAUCCGAACACUGGACAGUUGUGCUCACCCUUAACCUGGGUGGUACUCUAAGAUCUGAACACUGGACAGUAGUGCUCUGCCUUAACCUCUGAGAAUCCUUUGUGGAGCUUUUGGCUCGUGGAAGGCAUCCAUGAGACCAUAACCAUUUAUAUUUGUUACAAGGAGGUCUCGAUUGCUAGUUGUCCGUAGAUAGUCAAAUUGGAUGGUUUGGGGUAAUCUAAAGUUUAAGAAUUUGUUUUUUUGAACUUAGAGUCUAUUCAAUAAUACGCAAUCACCUAAUUUGAAAUCUGAGGAACAAGAGUGAUUGUGAUAUUAAAAGUAAAUGGUCUCGUUAUAAAUUUUUCCAAUUUAAAAACAACAAAAUCAAUAUUCUUUAAUGUAAUACUUUGGAAGUGAAUCCAAGGGGUGAAGAAGUACAGAAAUAAAACUACUAAGUAACAUGUAGACAUGUCUUGUAUAUUUUUCCCAUUUAAAAACAACAAAAUCAAUAUUCUUUAAUGUAAUACUUUGGAAGUGAAUCCAAGGGGUGAUGAAGUACAGAAAUAAAACUACUAAGUAACUUGUAGACA